GCGCAACAUGGCGGCGACCAAGUCGCGGACCGGCCGCAAGGUGCUCGAUACCAAGACUGGCAAGAUCGUCGCAGAGUUCAAGGAAGAUUCGAUUCGCCUACGCGUCUAUGAUCCAGACAACACCAACGUCGCCACCAACCCGUACCGAGCCAUUACCCGCGCCAACCUCCGCUUAAAGGUCGUCAAUCGGCUCUUUCACUGCAAUGCAUAUUAUGCGCGUGAUCCGUUUGGAAUGGUACUGUGGCCGCGCGAGUGGCAGCUCAAAAUGAUGCCCGCGACGCCCUCCGAGCCUUGGUGCUACGACAUCGUCGAGAGCGACGAGCCGCUGCCCUUUGAUGAUGCAAUGGACACGCGCUACGAAGGCUACACGGUGAUUAAAGUGGCCAAUGUCCCGAAAGAGUGCACCGAGAUGGACUUACGGCACUGGCUUCUCCACGGCCUUCUCAUGGACUACGACCAAAUCCACGACGCAAAGUUCAAGCUCUCGGUGCUGGAGAAGAAGAAGGACCUCCUUCUCGACCGCCUCGAGACCGUUGGCACGAUGCAAGUGAGCGGAAAGAAGGCGGAGCAGGUCGACACGCGGCAGCAAGAGUGCAUCAAGCGCUGGACGCGGCUCUUUCUGAGCGAACCCGUCACCCUGAGCUACCUCAAAGACGGCACCGAGCACCGGUUUGUCGACGCGGCCAAGGAAAACGAGAAAGAAAAAUACCACUGGUUUGCCGACUUUACGAGUCUGCGUGGCCACGACCUUGCGCUCAUGGCCAUCCAUAAACGCGACUGGGGGGACCUCCGCUUGGCUAAAACGCGCCCUGUACCGACCGUCUCGUGCGACGAAUUUGACGACCCAUCGCUGGAAGUCAACAUGCGCAUGGUGCGCAUCUCCCGCGUCAAGCACGGCCCUGGCGAUUACUAUGCCACCGACGACCUGCCGACCGACGACGACUUUCAUUUUAGCUCGAUCGAUGCCAUGUACCGGGGGGCGUGGGUCGACGGCACCAAGCAUGACCCCAAGGCCAUCGAGUACACGAAUUAUGGCGUCUACAAGGGCAGCUACGAGUACAACGUGCGACGCGGCUACGGGGUCAUGGUCUAUGGCCGCGGCGACGAAUAUGCGGGCGACUUUGACGUCCCUCGGUCCAAGUACGAGCUACGACCCAAGCCCGAACCAUACCCCAAGCCCGUGCUGCCAACGCAAUUCCAGAUCGGUGUCCCUCACGGCACAGGGACCAUCAAGUUUGCAGAUGGCGCCACGUACGAAGGCGAGAUGGCGAACGGCCAAGUCACGGGCCGCGGGCGCUACGUCUCGUCCGCGGGUGUGAUCGAAGAAGGCAUCUUCUUCGAAGGUCUCUUGCACGGCCCUGGGUACCGCAAGGAGCCCAACGGGUUGUGCGAGGAAGGUGUGUUUGAGCACGGCGUUUUGAACGGACUUGGGACGCAGACCAACCAGUACAACGACGUCUAUAACGGCUCGUUUCGAGAUGGCGCCAAGUGCGGCCGCGGUGUGCUGGAAUCCCACGACGGCAGCACUUUGCGAGCCUUUUGGUACAAUGAUCUGCCGUCCGGGCGUGGCGACCUAGCGUACCACCAGACGCUGCCGUCCGAUCCAGAGACCAGUGUUCGGUUUCUGUAUGAAGGGUCGUUUAGUCAAGGCAAGGUCAAGGGCCGCCACCGCCACAUCGACGUCGACCACGCAACGAUCGGGCACAUUCCAUUCACGACCUAUGGAAAGAGUCCCGUGCAUCUGGCCUACCCCAUGGCCUUGGGCAGUGCGCUCUACAAGCAGCAGUGGCGCCGGCACAAAAACCUCCGUCGGCGAGCCGACCGUGAGGAUUCCUACAAGGACGACCAAGAGCGCGCGAAUCUCAAACUCUACUACGAGCUGCUCGAUGACUUUUACGAAGCGUGGGCCGACCACAUUCGAUCGCUGAGCCACCCGGACGCGCCCCUGACCGAGGAGCAGCUCUUGCGGCAGCGCCAAGAACGGCUGCGCAUUGGCAAACCGAAGAAGACGCUGGCGCAGUUUCCAUCCUAUCUCCAGCGGGUGCCGCUUCGGUUCAAGGAUGCAAUUACAUUGGGGCUCUUAGCGCACGAGAAUGCCGAAGAAGAGACGCGCAUACGCCGACGCCUCGUCGUUCCGCCAGAGUAAUCACGCGGCGUGGUUGGCCCACAACGACGGCCGACGAGCUCCCACGUCAGUGGUACAUGUCUCUUACGACCAGCG